AUGGAUCANGCAUGGAGUACCUUUGGCACCUUCCAUAUCAACAACUCAUGGUCAUGGCGUAUCCCUUCGCUGUUGCAAUGUGCACCUUCUGUCAUCCAGCUUAUCCUCAGCAUCUGGCUGCCCGAGUCGCCUCGCUGGCUCAUCCACAAAGAUCGUAGAGAAGAAGCCAUUCAAGUCCUUGCCAAGCACCAUGCUGGUGGUGAUCUGCAAAGUCCACUUGUACUCUUUGAGAUUUCCGAGAUUUCCGCUGCAAUCAAGGCAGAAGAGGCUCAGAAGCAGACCAAAUACUCUGCCUUCUUCAAGUCGCGUGGAAACCGCCACCGUCUUUUCGUCAUCAUUGUCUUGGGCAUCAUGCAGCAGGCCUCGGGAAAUACGCUCAUCUCGUACUACCUCCACCUUAUCCUCAAGCAAAUUGGCAUAACCAGCGGUACGGCCCAGAACGGCAUCAAUGGCGGUCUUCAAAUUUUCAACUACAUUGCGGCCUUGUCUGGUGCUACUCUGGUCGACAGACUUGGUCGCCGCACCCUGAUUCUCAUCGGUCUUGCUGGAAUGUUCGUGUCGUACCUUCUGUGUGAGUCAAAUUGA